GGUUUCUGUUGGCGAAUGCAGGCUGAAAGGCUAAGUGCUGUGCAGCGUGGACCAGGAGCCCUCGGGUCAGCUGCAAGCCUGCUUCAGGCAUCAAGCACUGGAACCAGGAUGAGUGUGGAAGCAAGUGGCAAGCCCCUGAAAGUGGGCUCCAGAGUCGAAGUCAUUGGAAAGGGGUACCGUGGAACAGUGGCUUAUGUUGGGGCCACUUUGUUUGCCACUGGAAAGUGGGUUGGAGUCAUCUUGGAUGAAGCUAAGGGCAAGAAUGAUGGCAGCGUGCAGGGCAGGAAGUACUUCACCUGCGAGGAGAAUCACGGCAUCUUUGUGCGCCAGUCGCAGAUCCAGGUGUUUGAAGAUGGAGCAGACACGACCUCCCCAGAAACACCAGAGUCAUCUUCCCUGAAAGUCCCCAAAAGAGAUUCACUGGAAGCUGCCAAGGCCAGCAAACUGGAGAAAACGAUCUGUUGCCGUUAACGUGCACGUGGCACUUGCAGCUUUCCAUUUGAGACGAUGCCUGGAGAUCAGAUCUCAUGCUUCAGGACUCUCUCUGAUCAUCUGCUACAGUCAGGAAGGAUUUUUUCCCCUGCUCAAAUGACUGCCCAGAUGGAAUCUCAUGUUUUUGCCUUCCAUGUUUGAAGCAUCUGAGAUUGAGCGCAGUUACAAACGGGAGCAGCCCUGUGCUUGGAGGGCGCACAGGGGAUCCCCUCUCCUAGACAUUUGGCUGGUGUGUCUUGCUCAUGUGCUCUGCCUCAAACUGAUUACCAGGUCUGGGGCUGGAAGAACGCUUUCCCCAGACCGUAGCGGGGGGAUUUGCUCCCUGCAGCAUGGGGCAUGGUUUGUCUUCUGGGCUUGUCUCAGUCAUCUUCCUGCCAGUGCAUUGGUGGCCUACUGGGUGUCUUCAUAGUUUCAUAGUAGCUAGGGUCAGGAGGGACCUGAACAGAUCAUCUAGCUUGACCCUCUGCCACAGGCAGGAAUGAAUGCUGGUCUUGUGUUACCCUGGCAAGGAUCUCAGCUCUUUAGUCCCCUGAGGAUUUAAAUGCAAUUUUAAAUAAAGUUUCUGGGCUUAGUAUGACGUAGUUCGGUGGAACUGAAUGGCCUGAUUACAUAGGACGUCCAGCUAGAUGAUCCCUUCUGUCUGUGGAUCUACUGAAUCUCGUCUCUCAGUGGUUUCUUCCACGUUCCUCUGAGGACACUGAGCUAGAAGAGGCAGUGGCCUUUUGUUAUAACAUACUGCAGAUAUUCCUUCUGCAGCGGUCUGAAUUUACAGCAGAGGUCUUUGUG